AUGAGUGCAAGUACUCUUGUGACUGUGGCUUCGGCCGCUUCUGGUAUUGCCAUUGUUGUUUGUGUAUUCACAGUUGGAAUGAUCUUCAAUGACAUCAACUCAUUCUAUGAUGAGAAGAUUGAGGAGCUCAACGAGUUCAAAGGACUCGAACAGCACGCCUGGAAAUCAAUGAUCCCUGCUACUCGACCAGCCAAUGCUGAAUACUUCCUUCUUGGACGUAACAAGAGACAAGCCCAAUGCAACUGUGGUGCUCAAUCUCGUGGAUGCCCAGCUGGACCACCAGGACCACCAGGACAACCAGGAGCUCGUGGAGAUAAUGGACUCCCAGGACUUGCUGGACAACCAGGAUCUGGAGCCAGAAUCAACCCAUCCACUGGAAGACCAGGAUUCUGCAUCACUUGCCCACUGGACCACCAGGAGCCCCAGGACCAAAGGGAGUCAACGGUCAACCAGGAGCCCCAGCUCAAUCCGGAGGACGUGGACCACCAGGACCACGUGGACCAUCUGGAGAUGCCGGAUCCCCAGGACAAGCUGGACAUCCAGGAUCCCCAGGACAACCAGGACGUGGAGGACAACGCAGCCGUGGAACUCCAGGACCAGCUGGAAGACCAGGACCACAAGGACCAGCCGGAGCACCAGGACAACCAGGACAAUCAGGAGGAGCCGGAACUCCAGGACCACAAGGACCACCAGGACCAUCUGGACAACCCGGACAUCCAGGAAACGAUGGAACUCCAGGAGCUCCAGGAAACCCAGGAAGCCCAGGAGGAGAUGCCGGUAAGACAAAGACUUAAAGCCUCAACUUAUUUGAAGCUCAUAAUUUCAGCCUACUGCCCAUGCCCGUCUCGUUCAGCUGCCGUUGCUGUUCGUUCCAGAGUCGCAGCCAGAUCCAGAGUCGCCGCCCGUUCCCGUGUCGUUGCUCGUUCUCGCGUCGUGGCUCGCAAUCGUGCCGCUGUCAAGAGACGAGUUGCUGCCGUCAGAAGACAUCGUGUCCAGAAGGCAGCUGUUUAA